GCUGUCAUGCGGUGGCGUGAGUGUGCAUGCAUGCGGUCGUGUGUCAGUGCAUGUGCUUAGGGUGCGUCUUGGUGCACAGGGUAGUGUAACCGUGUGUGCGUGUGUGUAGGUGUGCGUGCGUGGGUGCCUGUGGUGGUGCGAGUGCAUCUGCCUGGGUCUCUGGAUGGGGGGUGGCAUGCAGGGUUGCCUGUGUGUGCGCUCAUGCCUCCAUGUGUGUAGCAGGGCAUGUAGGGGUGCGUGAAUGCCUGUGUGUGCCUGCCUGCAAGGUGGGGUGUAUGCGUGCGUGUGUGUGCCCAUGUGCAGCAUGCACAGGAUUGCAUGUGUGGUGGUGGGGGGACAUACGUGUGGUUGUGUAAGCGUCCGUGUCUGGGUCUGAGGCAGUGUGUCAGUACGGCUAUAGCUGUGCAGGGUGUGUCGCGGGAUCGGGGGGAGGCUGCAUACAGUUGUGUGUGUGCGUGUGCAUGUGUGAAUAGAGCCAUGUGAGCGUGUACCCAUGCCUGCCCAGGCGGGGACCGGCGUCCAAGGCGUGUGACCCAGGCGAUGUGGGGCGGGGUGGGUGCAACCCACGUGCCCCCAGGCGGCGGGGGGCUGCCGCCCGCGGGAUGGGGGGCCCGCGGCGCCCGGGACUCAGGGUUCCUGUCCGUGCCAGGCAGCCGGAUGAGCAUGGAGGAGGGUGCCAGGACUGCCAUUGCUGAUUAUCACGUGAGCCGCUCCAGGAGGAAGAGUGUCCCUGGAGGAAAGCAAUACAGCAUCAACAUGGAUGCGCCCCCUGCUCCCCCCUUCAGGCCCUCGCAAGGCUUCCUGAGCCGGCGCCUGAAGAGCUCCAUCAAGCGGACAAAGAGCCAGCCCAAGCUUGACCGGACCAGCAGCUUCCGUCAGAUCCUGCCCCGGUUCCGCAGCGCUGACCAUGACCGAGCCCGCCUCAUGCAGAGCUUCAAGGAGUCGCACUCACAUGAGUCCCUGCUGAGCCCCAGCAGUGCAGCCGAGGCCCUGGAGCUGAACCUGGAUGAGGACUCCAUCAUCAAGCCCGUGCACAGCAGCAUCCUUGGCCAGGAGUUCUGUUUUGAGGUCACCACCGCCUCUGGCACCAAGUGCUUUGCCUGCCGCUCAGCUGCAGAACGCGACAAGUGGAUUGAGAACCUGCAGCGUGCUGUGAAGCCCAACAAGGACAAUAGUCGGCGGGUGGACAAUGUGCUGAAGCUGUGGAUCAUCGAGGCGCGGGACCUCCCCCCAAAGAAGCGAUACUACUGCGAGCUGUGCCUGGAUGAUAUGCUCUACGCCCGCACCACUAGCAAGCCUCGGGCUGACAAUGUCUUCUGGGGGGAACACUUUGAGUUCAACAACCUGCCAGCCGUGCGCACCAUUCGCCUGCAUGUCUACAAGGACACCGACAAGAAGCGCAAGAAGGACAAGAGCAACUAUGUGGGCAUGGUCAGCAUCCCCAUUGCCAGUGUCACCGGGCGCCACUUCGCUGAGCAGUGGUACCCGCUCAGCCAGCCCAGUGGCAGCAAGGCCAAGGCUGGCUGCCCAGCCCUGCGGGUCAAGAGCCGCUUUCAGACCAUGAGCAUCCUGCCCAUGGAGCUUUACAAGGAGUUCGCCGAGUAUGUCACCAACAACUACCGCAUGCUCUGUGCUGUCCUUGAGCCUGUCCUCAGCGUCAAGAGCAAAGAGGAGGUGGCCUGUGCCCUCGUCCACAUCCUCCAGAGCACUGGCAAAGCUAAGGAUUUUCUCUCAGACAUGGCCAUGACGGAAGUGGACCGGUUCAUGGAUCGGGAGCACCUGAUAUUCCGGGAAAACACCCUCGCCACGAAAGCCAUAGAGGAGUAUCUGAAACUCAUCGGCCAGAAAUACCUCAAGGAUGCCAUUGGCGAGUUCAUUCGGGCGCUGUAUGAGUCUGAGGAGAACUGCGAGGUCGACCCCAUGAAGUGCUCAGCCUCCACUCUGGCCGACCACCAGGCCAACCUGCGCAUGUGCUGUGAGCUAGCCCUCUGCAAGGUCGUCAACUCCCACUGCGUAUUCCCCCGGGAGCUGAAGGAAGUGUUUGCUUCUUGGCGUCUGCGCUGUGCGGAGCGGGGCCGGGAGGACAUCGCUGACCGGCUGAUCAGCGCCUCGCUCUUCCUGCGCUUCCUGUGCCCAGCUGUCAUGUCGCCCAGCCUUUUUGGACUCAUGCAGGAGUACCCUGACGAGCAGACGUCUCGCACUCUCACCCUCAUUGCCAAGGUCAUCCAGAACCUGGCCAACUUCACCAAGUUUGGCAGCAAGGAGGAAUACAUGGCAUUCAUGAAUGAGUUCCUGGAGCUGGAGUGGGCCAGUAUGCAGCAAUUCCUGUAUGAGAUCUCGAAUCUGGACACGCUCACCAACAGCAGCAGCUUCGAGGGCUACAUCGAUCUGGGUCGCGAGCUCUCCACGCUGCAUGCCCUCCUCUGGGAAGUCCUGCCCCAGCUCAGCAAGGAAGCCCUCAUCAAGCUGGGCCCCCUGCCCCGUCUGCUGAACGACAUCAGCGUCGCCCUCAGGAACCCACACAUCCAGCGGCAGCCGAGUCACCAGGGUGAGCGGCUGCAGCCUAAGCCCCUGGUCUUGCGGGGCCCUUCAGCUGAUGUCCAGCCCUAUGUUGUGCGUGACCUCAACAGCUCUGUCGAUCUCCAGCCCUACAUGGUGCGGGGCCUCAACAGCUCCAUGGACAUGACCCGGUUGCCUUCGCCCACCAAGGAGAAAGGGGGGAAAGACGUGUUCUUUGUGACGCGCCCGCCCCUGGCCCGUUCCUCCCCAGCCUACUGCACCAGCAGCUCGGACAUCACUGAGCCUGACCAGAAGAUGCUGAGCGUGAACAAGAGCGUCUCGAUGCUGGACCUGCAGGACAGCCGCAUGAACAGCGUUUCCAACCUGCAGAGCGUUGGUGACCUGCUCAACAGCAGCCAGGCCUCCAUCACCGCUGCCAUGGGGCUCCGGCCCAGCCGCCUCUCCCAGGGCAGUGGCUCCAGCAUCCCUGCUGGCCUGCGUCUCAGCCAGAUGGGGGUCACCACCGACGGGGCCCCAGCCCCGCAGCUCAGGGUCCCCCUCUCCUUCCAGAACCCCCUCUUUCACAUGGCCUCGGAUGGGCCAGCUGCUCCACCCCCGCACCGCCCCUCCGAGGGCAACCCCGACACCUUCGCGCCCUUCCAUGGGUACAGCAAGAGCGAGGACCUGUCGGCCAGCAAGCACAUCAUUCACAGCCACAGCUACAGCGACGAGUUCACUCGCCAGGGCUCUGAGUUCACUAAACGCCAGCUCUCCCUGCAGGAGAACCUGCAGAACAUGCUCACCCCGCCCCAGAUCACCAUUGGGCCCCAGCCCCAACCCCCGCCUCGGCCCCCGCCUCAGCCCCAGGCCCCACUCCAGCGUGGCAAGUCACAGCAGCUCACUGUCAGUGCUGCCCAGAAGCCCCGGCCUUCCAGUGGGAACCUGCUCCAGUCUCCCGAGCCCACCUAUGGGCCUGCCCGCUCCCGCCAGCAGUCGGUCACGAAGGACACGUCCUCCUCCGCCCUCAAGCCAACCAUCACCAAGCAGCCAUCGCACACACCCUCGACACUGAACCCUGUGAUGCCAGCCUCGGAGCGGACGGUGGCCUGGGUGUCCAACAUGCCGCACCUGUCGGCUGAUAUCGAGAGCUCCCACAUUGAGCGCGAGGAGUACAAGCUAAAAGAGUACUCCAAGUCCAUGGAUGAGAGCCGGCUGGACCGGGUGAAGGAGUAUGAGGAAGAGAUCCACUCACUGAAGGAGCGGCUGCACAUGUCGAACCGCAAGUUGGAGGAGUACGAACGGCGCCUGCUCUCACAGGAGGAGCAGACCAGCAAGAUCCUGCUGCAGUACCAGCAACGCCUGGAGCAGAGUGAGAAGCGCCUGCGCCAGCAGCAGGCCGAGAAGGACUCCCAGAUCAAGAGCAUCAUUGGCAGGUUGAUGCUGGUGGAGGAGGAGCUGCGCAGGGAUCACUCGGCCGUCCACGACGUCUCCGAGUCCCGGAAACGCCUGCUCGACGCUCAGCUGCUCAUCAGGUAACUCUCUCUGACUCUGCUUUUGUCACGUGGAGGGAUCGGGGUGUCUCUCGCCGCUCGGUCACAGACCAGGUGGGUCCUCUCCACUCCCCC